AUGAUUAUUAAUAAUUAUUUGCUUAUUAAUCAUGACUUAGAUGUAAUUACCUCUCAUCGUCCUCCAACAAAUGCUGUCGAAGAUUAAUUUAAACCUUUUAAUAAUACAAAUUUCUCAAGAACUUUUAGAAAUACUCAACUUCUUCGUAAAUUAGACACAAAAUAAAAUUAUAUGAACAUGAUGUCAUAGACAAAAUUAAAACCUCUAACAAAAUCUUAAAGCCUCAUUUGUUUAAGUCUAAAGACACCCAUUUAUGAGGCAAAAGAGAAAAAAAUGGAACUAGCUAAUUUGAGGUUGGGGAAGCGGAUGAAGCGGUAAGCUGCAUGUUAAACAGAUUGCUUUGAAAAUAAUAUAUUUCUCAGAAAAACACACUCAUAUAAUUGUAAAUAUCAAAUUACAAAUAUUAAUUAGUCUAAUAAUCGAGAAAAACUGUUUUCUCUGAGACACUCUAUAAAUCUAAAAUCGACUUUUACAAAGUAGAUGAAUAAACAAAAUAGAAAUGA